CUCUUCAAAAACCCCCGCGCACGGUCUCUAUAUAAGCAUCUAUCGCCAUGGUAGCAUGAUUUUUGUUUUCUCUUUUUAUUUUCCCUCACUUUUCUCUGCAUUAUUAUCAUGUCUCUCGGUCGUACUUGCACUUUGAACACUGGCGCCAAGAUCCCCACUGUCGGUUUGGGUACCUGGCUCUCCAAGCCCGAUGAGGUCCGUAAGGCUGUCUUGUGCGCUUUGCAGACUGGUUACAAGCACUUGGAUUGUGCUUACGUCUACGGCAACGAAGAUGAGGUUGGUCAAGGUAUCCGCCAGUCUGGCGUCAAGCGUGAAGAUAUCUUCGUCACCUCCAAGUUAUGGAACACCCACCACCGUCCCGAGUACGUCAAGUCUGCUGUCAAGGCCUCCUUGUCUGCUCUCGGUCUUGAAUACCUUGAUCUGUACUUGAUUCACUGGCCGGUCAGCUUCACUCCUUCUGGCCCACCAUCGGAGACGCCGGACGUUCCCAGCAAGGAAUACUUGUUCCCACAAAAGGAUGGCAAGGUUGCCCUUGAAGAGGUUGACUUCUUGGAAACCUGGAAGGCCAUGGAAGCCCUUGUUGAUGAAGGUCUUGUCAAGGCUAUCGGUGUUUCCAACUUUGAUAUCCCCAAGCUUGAAUAUGUUUUGAAGGGUUGCCGCAUCCGACCUUCUGCUAACCAGGUCGAGCUCCACCCUGGCUUGCUCCAGCGCGACCUCCUUGAAUUCUGUGCCAAGGAGAACAUUCACAUCACCGCCUACUCGCCGUUGGGCAACAACAUCUACGGCAAGGAGCGUAUUGUCGAUAGCCCAGUCAUUGUCGAUAUCGCAAAGAAGUUGAACAAGUCCCCUGCUCAGAUCUGCAUUGCUUUUGCUGCUCAACGUGGUGUUUCCGUCAUCCCCAAGUCGGUCACUCCAUCGCGUAUUGCCGAUAACUUCCAGGACUUUGUCUUGGAGAAGGAGGACUUUGAUGCUGUUGCUACCCUUGGCGAGCGCAACAUCCGUUACAAUGACCCUGGUGUUGAAGAAUGGUUCUGCAAGAUUUUCUAAUUUUCCUGUAUAUUUUUAUUUAUUUGUAAUAUAAUAAAAAAAAGACGGAUAUUCGUAUCGUCGUUUUGUUGCAACUUGUAAAAA